AUGGCUCAACCUCUCGAUAAAGUUUUUACGGUGACCCACAUCAAGUCUCACAUACCCAUUGUCCUCGACAUGCACAAGAUGAACUAUGAUGCGUGGCGUGAAUUAUUUGAAACACAUUGCUACAACUUUGGCGUGUAUGGGCAUCUCGAUGGCACCUCCACUCCGGCAAACGACACGGACACGGCGUGGAAAGAACGUGACGGUAUCGUUAAGAUGUGGAUCUAUGGGACAAUUUCCUCCUCUCUCCUCGACACAAUCCUAAAGACUCAUAGCAGUGCUCGUGACAUAUGGAUCUCUAUCGAGAAUCUGUUUCGCGACAACAAGGCACGGGCAAUUCAGCUCGAAAACGACCUUCGUUCUCUCACCAUCGGUGACAUGACGGUCCUAGACUACUGUCAGAAGCUGAAAACAUUAUCCGAUCUGCUCGCCAACGUCGACUCCCCUGUCACCGACCGUGUCGUGGUGAUGCACAUGCUGUAUGGACUGUCCGAAAAAUUUGACAACAUCGUCAAUAUCAUCAAGCAUCGCCAACCGUUCCCAUCCUUUUCCACUGCCAUAUCGAUACUCAUAGAGAAAGAACGUCGCCUUGCUAAACAAGUCAAAACCGGGUCGUCUUCAUUGGCAAACUCGUCCUCUCCAAACGUCUUGUAUGUCUCCGCUCCCACCCACCAACAAUCCGGAUCUCGCGACUACGCCCAACGUGACGGCACCAAUUAUGGUUACAGAGACAACAACAACGCGGGCUACCGCAGCAACAACAAUGGCAAUAGGGAUCGCGGACGGAUUCGUGGAGGUCACGGUCGGGGACGUGGCCGUCAGCAAUGGCCACAACAACACUGGCCGUUGAACCCUCGGAAUUUGCAAACACAACAACCCUGGUUUGCGACACCAACACCAUACCCGCACUGGCCACAACACAAUUGGAUGCAGCAACAACCGAUGGCCCAUUUAACAACCACAAGUCCAACCGCCGGUCUCCUCGGACAGUCCCCGCACGCACCAGCUCCUCAACCUCCGCAGCUUCCUACCAACAUGGCUGCCGCAUUUGGCACUAUGACCAUGCAGGAUCCCACAGACGGGAGUUUGUACUGGAGCCACAUCGCAUUUGACCGCAUAACCCCGCAUAACCCCGUACCCAUCGGUCAUUGUCAGUAA